AUGACGGCGACUGUAGAUUCGUCUUCUGCACAUGCGGCAGUGUCUGCCUCUGCUGCACUUACAGCUCCCACCAUGGGAACCUCAUACGCCAAUUCAACUGCCAGCGACGCCCCCUCCCUUGCUUCGGCAUCCGCUUUCACCACCACACCGUCAAUUGUCGCCAACGUCAAGCCUGCGCCCGAAUACAUCUCGCUAUCCAGCGCCUCCCAGCUGGCAACUGACGUCGCUGAUGCUCGUGCCGACGAAGAACACUCAUGGCGACUCCAUCACAGAGCCACCGUAGCCGAGACCGCUGUCGCUUCCGUCAACCAAUUCCUGGAUCGCCAGCUUUACGAGUACAUUGGUGUCGCCAGAAGCACCUCCCUACACGCCUUGAAGCCCGCCGUUACCGAAGUCCUCAAGAAGAAUCUCGCAAGAGAUGCAAUUGCUAGGGCUGAAGACAAUCUCGAGGACCUCCUCGCUCUGCAGGCAGACGAUGAGUUCAACGAUGAAUCCCGCCCUUCAAGUCAGAGCGGCGCCAAAUUCAACCUCGAUUUUACAUGGAAGAGAUCGCGUCUAAGAGUCAUGAUGCGCACCGAAAAGAGCGAGUUUGACAUUGAUGACGAUGAGCGCUAUGUGCGCGAGGAGGGUCUCAACACAACCUUCUCAGAAACAGCCGGCGUCAUCAGUCUGGCAUCAGAGAUCUUCUUGGCUGGCGUACUCGAUUUUCUGGGUGAGAUACUCCUUACUAUGGCGUCUCAGGUCGCCCUUAGUCGCAUUCAACGCGCAGGUGCCAACUCGAACCUCCAUGGAAACCGUGACGACGUCACGUACGUCCUCGUCGAUGAUGCUGACUUGGAGCGAGCUGUACUCAACUCUCCUCUGGAUCGUCAAUGGCGUGCCUGGAAGAAGUCAGUCCGCAUGUUAAACCGUGGUUCUCAGCAGAGCCACUCUGUCGCAAGCAGUCCAGUCGUCGUUCGCAGAGGCAGUCUGUGGGACCGCAUGUCAGAUCAUCCUGAGAACAAUUAUCCCGAGCAUGUACUGGCUUCAAACAUUCCACUGCCUGAGAAUAAACGCGACGUUGAUGAAAUUGAAGUACCAGGCCUUGCCAGAGAUCCUGAUCGGCCAGAGUCUGCUCAGCAAAAUUACUCUCUACCUCGAUCUUUCCGCCCGCAGAGCGCUGGCUUCGCUGCCCAUCGACGAUAUCAGUCGGAGAGCCUCGCCAAAACUCGACCUGUCUCGGUUCCUUUGCCCAUGACAACUCCCCUCGUUGAAGCUCCUGGCGCCUGGCCCACUGAUACACCUGUUGUAGAGAUCGUAGAUCCUAGCUCACAGUUCGCCGAGGGACAAGCAGGAGAAGGUCUCCCCAGCGUACACAUGGACGACUCUGAAAGACCGGAGUCAAGGGAUAGCGCUCAUACAGAAAAAGCUUCAGUAUCCUCUCAGCCCACAAGUUUAAAUGAAGCCAUGCCCGCUAUGAAGGUAGUGCAGCGACCUAAGAGACUCGCCAUCUACGGUUCUCCAUCAGCCAGAUCCUUUAACCUUUCUCAAGAAGGUCUAGAGCUUGCAGCAGACUUGGAUCGUCCUUUCAGCCCCGAAGACUUCUUGGCAAGUCUCACAGCAAGCCGCAAGCGCUCGGAUCCCCUGCCGAGCUUGCUGCUGAAACAUUUAUGGAAUCCGACAGUGGCAGUGAUACAGAGAACGACCCUGAGCAGAUUGUUCACACAGCUACAGACAAGGGCCAGAAAACCAACGCUCUUCCGCACAAACUCGAAAGAGAACCCCAAGAAAGACAGCGAUACCCAAUCAGUGCGUUCUAACAGCGCAAAGAAGGACUCAAAGCCAGUCGAGGAAACCAGAAGAAAGACUUCGAUCAGUCGUCCCUCACCACAGAAUUUGCAUGCGCUACCUUCAGGACAGAUAGCGCGUGAAGCAGUCAUGCAGACUGAAUCAACAAGGGACCUCGCAGACUUCAUCCGUUCCACUGCUCCUGAUAGGGAGCCGAACCCAAUUGUACCUGGUCUUGCUACUAGCCGCAGUCUGUCCUCUAUUCGUGCCACGGCUCAAGCACAAGCUGCCAGCGCGAGAGACGCUCCACCAGUACCCAAGCCAUCUACAUCUAACGGCAAGUACAUCCCAAGAAGUCCUGCAGGUCCACCAUCCAAGCGUUCUGCCAAUCGACCCAACUUGACAGCUAGAGCCGCAACCGGAUCAUCCGAUAACAACAGUGACUUGAUCGACUUCAUCAGAGGUGGACCACCUGGCCCUGAUGGCAAGGCUCGCGUCCCGACUCACAUCGCUCCCUUUGCAGACUGGGACGGUGGUGUAUCUGACAAAAGUCCAAACUCAGGUCUCAACAGACCUUUGACGUCUUCCACUUCCGACUCUCGUACUGGUCUGUUGAUGAAUGGAUCGUCAAGCACAAACUACGGCAGUGGUAGUACUCCUAAACUGCCUAUGUCACCUUUGACUCAGCCCGGCUCUCCUGCAUUGAAUCUUCUCCUACCGAAAGCAAGUCCUAUUGUCGGAAGCGACGGCCGUACGCGAAGUAGAAUCAAGGACCCUUAUGCCAUUCCUGAUUUCUCGGAUGAAGAUGAUGAUGAAGAAGACGAGCUUACUGCAUUGCCGGCCGUUCCCAGCAAUAGUGCUACUGUUGCAGGUGCUGAGAGGCCACAAGCUGGUUCAAUGACCAAUAUGCACUCUGCUGCUGGACGUUCCCCUGCUUUGAGCAAUGGUGCCACUCCUACCUUGUCGCCUAAUCCGGGAUAUGCUCCAAGCAUCAAUAGCGUUCGCUCAAACACCUCGACUACUGCAGUCCGUCCUGCACACAUUACUUCACAAAUUUCGAGUGGCAACGUACCUCGUAGCAACAAACCGAAGAUGGAAGUUCGCUCAGCCGGUGUGGUCAGGAAUGCCAGACUCGAUCCAUUCCACUCUUCGGGUACAAGCGAUCUUGCUGAUUUCCUCAUGUCAUCUGGCCCUCCUGAGCCUGUGCAGAGACCCGCUCCUGCACCUGCUGUUGGCAAGAAUGGUAAGCCGGAGAAGGCCGAGAAGAAGAAGAGCAAAUUUUGGCAACGAUCGUCUUCUUCCAAGAACACCUACGUUGACAUGCCUUGA